CGCCCCUCUCUCUCUCUCCCUCACUUCACUCUUCUCUCUAAAUCAGUAGACCCUCCUGUCUCUCUCUUCUGCUUAUUUCGUAAGCUUGAGUAUACAAUGUGCGUCCCCUUGCCUAAUAUGGUGGUGGGUUUUCUCCCUCUGGUUCAGAUCAUCAUCAUAUGAUGAUAGUAUUAGCAUUAGCAUAGUCUGUUUUCCUGGUUUUUGAGGUUUCACAGUUCAAACAAGCUUCCUAUUAGUAUGGGAAACCGAAUAAUGCCUCUGCUUUUUGCCUUUGCCGUUGUGUUUGUUGCUAUGGCACCUUCAUCUUCAGCUGCUCCUCCAGGUUUUGUGAAAGAUUUCAUAUCAAGCACGUUUUCUUCUCUGUGGAAGUGGCUCUGGUCUCUGCCUGUAACUACUAAAACAGUUGCUGUGCUUUCUGGGCGACCAAUGAUGCAGUUUGAGAGUGGAUACGCAGUUGAGACUGUGUUCGAUGGCAGCAAGCUUGGGAUUGAGCCUUACUCUGUGCAGGUCUCACCUUCUGGGGAUCUACUUGUACUUGAUUCAGUGAAUAGCAAUCUCUACAGGGUUUCACUUCCCUUGUCUCGAUAUAGCAGGGCAAGGCUGGUAGCUGGAUCAGCAGAUGGGUAUUCUGGGCAUGUUGAUGGCAAGCUAAGAGAGGCGCGUAUGAACCACCCUAAGGGUUUUGCAGUCGAUGAUAAAGGCAAUGUCUAUGUUGCUGACUGUAUGAACAUGGCCAUUAGAAAGAUAAGUGAAACAGGAGUUACCACCAUUGCGGGUGGGAAGUGGAGCAGAGGAGGGGGACAUGUGGAUGGGCCAAGUGAGGAAGCUCGGUUUUCAGAUGACUUUGAUGUGGUUUAUGUUGGGAGCAGCUGCUCUUUGCUAGUGAUUGACAGAGGAAACCAGGCCAUUCGAGAGAUUCAGCUCCAUUACGACCAUUGUGCUUACCAAUAUGGCUCUAGUUUUCCUUCAGGGAUUGCAGUGAUUGUUGGGUCAGUGGUGUUGGGUUACCUGCUUGCCCUGCUUCAGAGAAGAAUUGGAGGUCUGGUUUCUCCUAGUAAGGAUGAUUCAGACUACCCCAUGAAGCUAAACACCUCCACUCCAACCUACCCACCGUACAAAUCAGGUCGACCACCACUGAUACCAUCUGAUGACCCGGAACUUGAAAAACCAGAUGCCGGGUGGGUCUCUUUUGGCAAAUUCUUUAUCGACAUUAUUGCUUCCCUGUCCGAAAUCAUCGGAGCUUUCUUUUCCAUUUUUAGAAGGAAAAACCAGACCAACAAGAACCAUAGCCAGAACCACCACCAUUACCAAACCAACAAUCCACCAAGUUCAAGGCGAUCAAAUUGGCCAUUACAAGAUAGCUUUAUAAUCAGAGAUGAAGAUGAGCCCCCACCUCUUGAAACUCGAACCCCAACUCCUCGAAAGACUUAUCCUUUCAUGCUUAGAGACCCUGAAAAGUCCCAUAGUUUCAGGCUUGGCCAUGGGAGAGUUUACUAUCAUGGAGGUGAGGGAGAGCAACAGAUGGAGAGAGAAAGAGGUCAGCAUGGUCGGGUCUAUUAUCAUGGAGGAGAGGGAGAGCAGCAGCUAGAGAGGGAGAGAAUUCAGCCUCUUCGCCAUUAUUCUUCGGUUGCGGAGACUUACUACGAACAGAGCACUGAUUCAAACAAUGAAAUUGUUUUUGGAGCUGUGCAAGAACAAGGAGGAAGGCGAGAAGCUGUGGAGAUUAAGCCUGUGGAUUAUGGUGAUCCCAUGUAUGACUACCAUAACAUAAGGCCAAGGAUUAAUUCAGUGGGGUUUUCUCGCAAUUUCUGAGAGAAAAGAGGGAAAAUUAUAGAAUUAAUGGAUGGUCGGGAUUGCUCUUAUGGCGGGGAGUAGGAUCUGGACUGUUAGUUGGAAGUCUGGAUCUUGUUCAUGUAAUGUAAAAUUAUACCUACCUCUAAAUCUUUCUUUUUAUUUUUCUUUUGAUGGAGGGAGAUGGGUUUUUAUGGGUUUGUGUUAUGUUUUAUGUUGGUGGAGGGGAAGCUUUUCUAUGGGUUUUGUGGAUUAAAGAAAGGGUAGGGGUAGCAGGAGGAGAGAGGAAAGUUGUGUAUAAAUAUUAAAAGUCUUCAGAGGCAGGUUGCCGUUGCAAAAGGCUGGUUUAUGCUUUGCUGCUGCAUCUGAAGAGCAUGUCUUUCUGUU